AUGUCACCCCCAGACCUGUCCCCAACCCAGCUGUUCGAUCAGUCCUCCGGCAUGUUCGUGCCGGCGGGAGAGAAGGGCCGGGUGCUGUGGUUCAACAAGGACUGCGUCCGGGCCGACGAGGAGUACGGGCUGGUCGGUCUGUUGGUGGGGCUCGCGGUCUACUCGGGGGUGAUCUUGGACGUGCCCCUGCCGCUCAUGGCGUUCAAACAGAUCCUCGGGGAGCAGCUCUCGCUAGAGGGGUGUGCUGGCCGCCGCCGCCUUUUUUUUUUCUUCUUCAAGGGUAUAGUCUACAAGGAGCUCAUUUCCAUCCUGGGUUAUGAGUCCAGGUGA